AUGCAUUCCUUCAAACCCCUCCUCGCUUCAGCAGUCCUCUCCCUCGUUGCUAACACAUGGGCGGAAGAAGCCUGUCCUGAGCACUGGGGCCUCAACCAUUUCAAUGGAGCUAGAUGCUGCUACGGUGACAUGCAGAUCAUCGACACAGAUGCCUACUGCUGUAUUUGGGACGUGGAUGGCGCUUAUGCGACAGCCAGUUUCUUUGAAACUGCCACGUCUACAACUUACACGCCCUCCACUAUUACCUGUCUCACGAAAAUCCCUUUCACAGCUACCGAUUAUUCUAGUCAGGUGUCGUUGGCGUCGAUGAGUGUUGCUGCUUCACAAACAGCUUCUUCGGCCAGCAAUGCCACUUCCACGAGCACGAACUCGGGAUCAGGAACUUCGAACUUGGCAUCUGUAACUUCGGCAUCUGCGACUUCGGCAUCUGCGACUUCGGCAUCUGCGACUUCGGGGUCUGCGACUUCGGGAUCUGCGACUUCCACCCCAAAUGCGGCUGUGUCGGUUGUUCCGGCCAGGGGAAUGGUGAUGGGUGGCGCUGCGGUUGCUGCUGCUCUUUUUAUGUGA